GAGAGAGAGAGAGAGAGAGAGAGAGAGAGAGAGAGAGAGAGAGAGAGAGAGAGAGAGAGAGAGAGAGAGAGAGAGAGAGAGAGAGAAUUAAGGAGAGACGUAGGAAAACAAAGAGAUCGAAAUGGGGUUGGACUGGGGACCGGUGUUGAUGUCGGUGGUUUUUUUCAUACUGUUGAGCCCUGGAGUUCUGUUUCAGUUGCCUGGAAAGAGCAAAGCGGUUGAGUUCGGUGGGUCUCAAACAAGCGGUCCUUCCAUUGUCAUCCACACUCUCCUCUUCUUCGCUUUCAUCACCAUCUCCCUCAUCGCCCUUAACAUCCACAUCUACGCGGCCUAAUUAAUUAAACCAGCUUCAUUUCAUACAGUCCCUUCAAUUUCUGAAUCUAUGCGUCUUCUAGAUUUCUGAUUCCCUUGUGGAAAUUUUAUUGAUUAAUGAUUUUUCAUGUAUUCAUCCUUUACCAUGAAUUCGUCCGUAAAGUUAACUUUAUAAACUCCAUGUAUUACCUACAUUUUAUUUCUUUUUUUUUUGUAAAAA